GAGCGGGCGGCGGGUCGGCGGGCGGACCGGGCCGGGGCUGGCGAAGUUUGCGCUGCGGCUCGUGAGCGCAGGGUGCGGGCCCGGCCGGCCGCUGCGCGCCCGCUGCCAUGGCUUUCCGCAGGAGGACGAAAAGUUACCCGCUCUUCAGCCAGGAGUUCGUCAUCCACAACCAUGCGGACAUCGGCUUCUGCCUGGUGCUCUGCGUCCUCAUCGGGCUUAUGUUCGAGGUCACAGCCAAGACUGCCUUCCUAUUUAUUUUACCUCAGUACAAUGUUAGUGUGCCUACGGCAGUUUUGGGUCCCAGAAUGCUUCCUCAUCCCAGGGAUGCUGACAGGACUCUUUGUUACCUCCACAGACAGCGAGACUGUGCACUACCACUACGGCCCGAAGGACCUGGUCACAAUCUUGUUCUACAUCUUCAUCACCAUCAUCUUGCACGCUGUGGUUCAGGAGUACAUUUUAGAUAAAAUCAGCAAACGGCUUCAUCUCUCCAAGGUCAAACACAGCAAGUUCAACGAAUCUGGACAGCUGGUCGUCUUUCAUCUCAGCUCAGUGAUAUGGUGCUUCUAUGUGGUGGUGACGGAAGGAUACCUAACAAACCCGAGAAGCCUCUGGGAAGACUACCCGCACGUGUACCUCCCCUUCCAGGUGAAGUUUUUCUACCUGUGCCAGCUGGCCUACUGGCUGCACGCACUCCCUGAGCUGUACUUCCAGAAGGUACGGAAGGAGGAAGUUCCCCGGCAGCUCCAGUACAUUUGCCUGUACCUGGUCCACAUAGCUGGAGCGUACCUCUUAAACCUCAGCCGCCUGGGCCUGAUCCUGCUGCUGCUGCAGUACUCGACCGAGUUCCUCUUCCACAUGGCUCGACUCUUCUACUUUGCAGACGAAAACAACGAGAAGCUGUUUAACGCCUGGGCUGCUGUGUUUGGGGUCACCCGCCUCUUCAUCCUCACCCUCGCUGUGCUGGCCAUUGGCUUUGGACUGGCUCGCAUGGAAAACCAGGCGUUUGACCCUGAGAAGGGGAACUUCAACACCUUGCUUUGCAGGCUCUGCGUGCUGCUGCUGGUAUGUGCUGCCCAGGCCUGGCUCAUGUGGCGCUUCAUCCACUCCCAGCUGCGGCACUGGCGAGAGUACUGGAACGAGCAGAGUGCCAAGCGGAGAGUGCCAGCUGCCCCCAGACUACCAGCCAGGCUCAUCAAGAGGGAAUCUGGGUACCAUGAAAACGGAGUGGUGAAGGCAGAGAACGGAACCUCCCCACGGACUAAGAAACUCAAGUCUCCCUAAGGCCAAAGUGCUGAGCACAGGCAUCCUCGUGGCGGGGGCCAGCAGGGAGGCUCAGAGCCAGGCCCCUCCCUCUCUGCCUCUGCCUUCCGGCUUGCGACGCCCCUUCUCAGAUGGCAGAGACCUGUCUUUAAACGGGGCUGUUCUUCUGACUUCUUGGCUUUCUCUUCUUACUCUUCACAAACCCUUCUCAAUAAAGCCAAAAAUCUAUCUAUCUCUUUCUCUCCCUCAAGCCACCUCCUGUCUUCACCUCGGCCCCAUGUUGGGUUCUCCAGAAGCCCGGGUCUUGUGGUUGUCUUUCUGCCUCUUAUUUCUCUUCCUCCGUGACUGCUGCCUUCUCUUUCUACUUCUUUAUUUCACCUUCGCGUGCAAUUCUUCUCUGAUUUUUUUACAAUGGGAGGGAGCUCAGAUGGUGGUCCUGUGCCUCUCAGCCUCCGGGACCUGUGAGUCUGGAAGCCUGCGGCCAGCAGCAGGCCCCUCGGUGGUCCUCGUGUGGACGGGCAAGAAGAGGAGAGGCCGGCCCUUUUGGAUCAUAAUCUCUUGGGUGCUGAUUAACUGAUGAGAUGUAUGAUUCCAAUUCUGCACGAGCCAUCGCGAGGCACAGCAGCCACUGCUGGUAGUAAAUGCCAAGGCCUUUUUGGCUCUGGGACGUGGCGACUCAAUCCAGAAGGAUGGUGUUGGCUCCGUUGGGUCCCCUGACUCACAGGAGUGGCUGGCGUUGGACUGGAUAGCAGCCUGCCAUCGCAUCGCCGUGUGCGGCUCCCCAUGGUUCAGAGCAAGAGCAAAGCGCGUCGCCGACAGCGGCUCUUCCAGAAAGGGAACGGCCUCCGAAAUGAGAGCACAGUCGCCCGCGGCCUUUCUCCAGUAGUCCCGGCUGCAGUGGCUUCUUCACCAGCAUUCAAAACCAAACCAGACAGCUGUUCACACACCUGCCUGUCCGGCACCAGGCUUGCCUCCGUUGACUUCAUCUCUUGACCUGCAGAAACAUGAAGCCUCAAGGACUCCAGCCCCAUGCCAGUCCCCUGGUGCCCCAGGGAGGGCCAGCUGGCCACUCUCCCUAUGGCCUCCCUUGUCGAGUGUUCCUUGAAUUGUUGUCACUUGUUGAUGUUUGUAGAGCACACAUGUGGUGGCUGACUCUAGGCCCACUCUUCGGGGUGGAUGAGCACGCACGGCUGAGUCGCUGGGAGCCCUUUGCCCCCAUCCCUCCCCGUGUUCUUUCCCUUCCCUCCACCUGAAGACAAGGCCUCCAGUCCUCCAAGUCCUCAUGGUGCCUUGUGAGGGCUUCCGGAAGGGGAGCUGGGCUUAACAAGGCCCUAAUGCAGAGUGCCUGGACUCUGCUGAGGCAAAGGGGGCGAUUCUUGGUGGGCACAGGAACAUCCAUGUGGUUGGUAUGUGGCUCCUCUUCUUGAGCUCACAGUAGAAAACAGACCACGGGUGGUGGUCCAGACAGGAGGGAGAUGGGUCUUCUCUCCAACACACUUCCCUUGUCCAAGUCGCCUGCACAGAUAGCUAGAUAGAUAGAUUGUCAUUGCCAGUCACCGAGGGCCACCAUUCUAGACUUCUGUCUAUGUCCAGAGUAAUGUUGCAGACAUCGGGGGGGCCUACCCUGGGCUGCCUUUGAUUUCCGGUAGGUAGGAGGACAGCGUUUCUGCAGGCGGGCAUUUCUCCCACCCCUCCGCCUCCUCUCCUGACACUUCUUUGUGCCACACAGCAGAACCCAGCAGACCCGACCCGGAAGCCUGUAGGCAUCUCAGUCAAACAGCCCUGCCACGGUGUCAGUGAGUUCCUGGGCAUUGCCUGUGUGGGGAGUGUGCAUCCAGCAGCUUCCUUCUUCUCCUCUCCCAUUAGUAGGUUCUCUGUGUCAUGGGCAGGACCUCCCCAGUGUCCUGCACACACUCCCUCCCACCCCCACACCCCGGAGGAGCCCCGAUGAAGCUGCUGUCGGGUCUUCCACAAGUACACGUGGCGUGCUUGUGAUGUGCUGGGUGGGGGAGGCCGUGGUCAGCUCGCCCUCAAGCCGCCUCCACCCGCACAUCUGUGGCUUGUUGCUGCUCUGGGUUCUGGAGGAACGUGGCUUCGUGUUCCCGUAGUUUGCUGCAGGUUUCCAGUGUUGCCCAUAGGCCGUGCCUUGUGCGUGGUACCACAGCCUAGCAGCCAGACCUUGACUUAGACCUUGUUUUCUGUAGGACGGGUUUUGUUCGGUGAUGGGAGUUAGUAAAUCUUUUCUGCACCCCAUGGGAGACCAGGAUAAGUACCUGGCUCCUGCCAUCGGAUCAGCGCGGUGCACCGGCCGCAGCGCGCCAGCCGCGGCGGCCAUUGGAGGGUGAACCAACGGCAAAGGAAGACCUUUCUGUCUCUCUCUCUCACUGUCCACUCUGCCUGUCAAUAAAAGAAAAUAAAAAAAGAAAGAAAGAAAAGAAAAGAAAAUCUUUUCUGUUAAACCCCAGGAGCCUGAGUAAGAAUGGCAUCUCUCUAGCCUGGGCUUUGCUCAUGUUUUGGGGGCUGGAGAGGAACUGUAGGGUACACCAGCUUCCCUGGGAUACUGAACUCAUAGCUUGGUCAAGCCUUUGGCAGGUUGACACGAACCACAUUGCUGGAGCUGGAAUAAUUCCCCUACCCCAGUGACCCAGCUGGGCUGGCUUUUCUUAAAUCGGCCAUGUUAGCUACGUUUUUCAGCUUUGUGUACUCCUGUUGCAAGUGCCUAGGCUUGAGCGAAGGCCCUGCCAGAUGCCUCCGAGUUUGAGAGGCCACCCCAGCACCAUCCGCUGAGAGCAGAAAAGAUGCUAAUCUACCUCAGCACCUGCUGCCUGACAUCCCUGGCCGGCAUCCGGGCACUGGGAGGCCAGCAGACGGCAGCAGUAGGAGCGUUGUGGCCAUGCUGGUGGACAGAGGCUGCCCUAUUGCCGAUUUCCCUCCUUGGGGUUUCGGUUACUUUGCCAUCCACAUGGAGAGCUGCAUGGUUGCUAAGUUACGUGUGCUCCUUCCAAAGGAAAGUGGUGGUUCUGGAGGAAAGGGGAGCAGGCUGGGCCAGGAGGGGCGCCGAUCGCUUCCCUUUCUUGUUGAUUCUAACCCUUUGCAAGCCUGGGCCAUCAGGCCCAAGCGGACGCUGAGAACCUUGUCUAUUCCCAUCUCAAAGCAGCCCUUACCAGCGUUUAAGAAACCCAGAUCGCCACCUUCACAGGUGCUUCUCCUGACCGGGGCUGAAAACUCCUGAGGCCCAGCCGUGUUCCCCAGGGCUGAUUGUGUGCUUUUGGGACCUUCUUCCUCCAUACCUUUGACCUUUCUGCUGAGCAAGGCGUGGGACAGAGAGUGCACCCCAUGGAUGCUUUAAUUAGAGUGACUUGCCAGUGCCCUGGUGGCUGGGCAACCUCCCAUGUGUUCCAAGGCCUGGGUGAGUGAUGGGAGGGUGGCCUGGGUGUAACUGCCUCCUGUGUUUUAAGGCCUGGGCCUGACAGCAGCAGACUUCAGUCUGCUCCCCUGUUGCUCUGUCAUUGAUAGGGAGAAGACUGGCUGCCCACGCAUCAGACAGCAGGGGUCACUUUCUUCCCCUCCCCUGCCUUCCCAGCUACAGCCUGUCUCCUACCAGAGAAUCAGCUCCUUGUCACACCACCUGAAUAGACUUCCUCUCUGGCCCAUGGCUGGCCCCAGUGAGGGAGGCCUUGCCGCCUUCUCUCUGCUUCUUGCAUGGGUAUUAGCUCCAGCUCCCAGAAGGCUGGGAAAGACCAACCUCCCCCCCUCCACCCCAUGCCCCCAGCUUCCUCACCUCCCACCUCUCAGUCUUUGAUGGAGAGGCACUGGGACUUGUAAGCUCCCUACAGCGUUUUUGUCCUGAGCAGAUCCCUUUUCUCUUUGUGUCCUAAGUGCCUUACUUUGCUGUGUGGCUUUCACUCGUACUGUGUAAGGCCAACCCCCACUGCCAGGGCACUAAGGGCUGUUUGUCGUACGCAGCCAAAGACACCGUACCUCAGUGCAGUUCAAUAGAAAAGGGACAUGGAUCGACGGUUUCGCCUCAUUUGUUCCACCCACACCCCCACUGCUGUAGGGUCUGGAGUGUUUUCUGCUUUGUGUCUAGUGUCUCCCUUGUGUGUCCCCUUUUGGCCCUGCUGGGUGACCGUAGAGGCCUGUGAGGGCUCAACCACAGGCACCGUGCCCUGCACCCUCUGAGGGAAACUCGGAGACUCCCAGGUUCCCUUCCCGGCCCCUGGGCCACUGCCCCACACAGCAAGCCCUGCUCUUCCAGGCCCCUCGUACUCUAGACGGAAAAACAAAAGGCACUCUUGCUGUAACCUCUUUUCCAUCUAUUUUACUGCCCAUUCAACCCAAAGUUUAUAUGAAAAAGGUGUUUACUUUGACUUCCCAGUCUCAAGUGUUAACUCAUAGAUAACCCAUUGGACAGUGGUCUGGCCUGGCUGUUGUACACUGUUCUUGGCCCUUCUUCAGUGUUACCUGUGUGAGCAGCAGCCACCCUGUCCUCUGCCCCUGCCUGCCUGCCUGCCUUUAUCCUUGCUCUUCCGGGUUGUGCAAUAACUCUCCCAGCCAGUGGUCUUGUCCACAGGCCUUAUUGUCCCUUACAGUGCCCCGUCACUGGGGAAGAGAUGGGACUCAGAGGAGGGGUAGUCGUCAUCCCUUACAGAAGAAAUGUCAGCCACUUUCUCUGUUGCUGUCAUUCUCCUGUUCCUGGGCGGUUUCUAUGGCGCUCCUGUAGAACAUGUAGCAUCAUCUUACAAGUCCAUUUACUUAUUUUACAAUCUGUUGAGAAACAGCCCAUCCUCGUGGUGGGACAGAAGUUAGCAUCUGGGAACCAGAUAUGAUGAAUAUCCGCUCGCGGCUGGCAUCACCGUCCCCAUGCCUAAAAGCAUUCCAGAGUUUGUCAUUUGCGUGGAGAGGAAGGUUUUUUUUCUGAGAGCCCACCGCAGGUGGAUAGCCCUGCUCACCUGGGAGGGUCUGGCUGCGAUAUGACGUGCCACCAUUUCCUUGGGUACAGAUUCCAGUGUUUAUGUGCUGAGACGAUAAACCUCAUUUUUCAGUUCCUCUGUUUCAUAAACACCUGAAGGAUGAGCUGAGGCUGCUGGUGCCCUGAGCAACUUGUAAUGCAAAUAUGGAUGUAUUGUCUCUUUGUUUUUCUACUUUAGUCUGUUCAUGUUAUGGACCAAAUUUCAACAAGGAACUCAAGGAAAAUUUGUACCUUCGGUAUUUAUGCUUUCAUGUAAAAGGGUUUGGGGGGAGGGGUAUCUGUUUACUUUUGGUGGACUUUUUUCAAAAACCCUUUUCCACUGUUUCUGUCUGGUUUUAAAACAAAUGACAGUUUUGUACGGAUUUUUUAAUGUACAUUUUGAAACAAAUGAUCAAAUAUUUUCUGAAAUAACGGAAUAAAAGGCAUAGAAUUAUCAGUCUAA